ACUAGCUAGUGCCUACAAAAGAAGAAGUUACAAAAAAAAAAAAUAUAAUAUAGAUUGCACAAAUCACAAAUGGACCAAAUGAUGCAUUUUGUUUGGUCCUUAUAUGAGUUUCAAACUUUUCAAGUUAAAAUAAAUAUGCAUGGAAUGGAACCAAAAUGAAGCAAUUGGUGCUUAUAUUAACAGAGCACAAUUGUUUUCCUUCUCUAUCAUUGGCUACACUUUCAGCUGAUCAACAACAUCUCUCACUUUCGCUUAGCUUGUGACUAAGGCAAAGUGCAAAUAAAUGGCACCAAGAUGGAAAGGCAAAGAUGCAAAAUCUAAAAAGGAUGCAGAAGCUGAGGCACUUAAAGAACCCAUGUCAAAGAUUAUAUCACAACUUCAGUCUUCUUUUGUUCAAUCAAAUACUUGUGGAUUUCUCUCUGAUAACUGUGUACACUUAGCAGUGCAAGGGGAACAACUUGACCUUCUUGAUAAAGCAUGCUUCGGUCGACCAGUGAGAAUAGUUGAAAAGGACAUGUACUGGUUUCAAUUAACCUUGGAGGAAGCAUUCUACCUAUGUUAUUUCCUGAAAUGUCUCGAGAUUAAUGGUAGAGCUGAUGAUAGUCCCUUAAGUAAUGAAGAGUUGUGGCGUUACUUCAAGUCCAAGAAAGAAGCAUUCCCGUGUUUUUACAAGGUUUAUUCUCACCUUCGAAUAAAAAACUGGGUAGUGAGGUCAGGGGCUCAGUAUGGUGUAGACUUCAUUGUCUAUCGCCAUCAUCCGGCUCUCGUGCAUUCUGAGUAUGGUGUACUUGUUCUAUCACAUGACAAUGAUGCUGAUCUAAAUGGAAGAUUAAGUGUAUGGUCUGAUGUUCAUUGCUCAACUCGACUUCUAGGUAGUGUUGCAAAAACGUUAUUAGUUUUGUACAUUAAUAAAAAUGGUCAGAAUGAUGAGUCUCCGUUAUGUUUGGCAAACUAUACCAUUGAAGAACGCACAAUAUCCAGAUGGAGUCCAGAACAAUGCCGUGAAAGAUCCGUAUUGACCUUUUUGGAUCUCUAAACAAAACAGAAAAUACUCAACUCAUCCAUAAUUUAAUUUGAAGGUUAGUCUUACAUAUUCUAACUAGCGUUCUUUUACUUUUUGUUUGUUUUCAAUUUUAACCUUCUGUUGAGUGGUUUGUGGAAUCACUUCAUUUAUUUUAAAUUUUGCAUACAUUGU